AUGACCGGCUUCGCUCAGUGCUCCUGGCCCAUAUGGCGGGUAGACGAUUUCACUCUCUGUUUUCAAGUCGACCCUCGCCCCCAUGUGGCAGCCGCAAACGCUGCCGAUCCCCGUACCAAUUACGCUGACUGCUUCUUCAGCUACCUUCGUGUCAUAAUUCCUCUUGUACUUGUUGCCUUGUCUGCUAUCCGCGUCAUAUUCUUCAAUGUCACUCGCAUUCUCGACAAUCGUAGAACGGAGGGCUACGAGGCCGUCAACAAUGGCGAUCAUGUCAUCGAUCACACCGCACUCCCGCCCGACCUCGACGACACCGAGUCCGAACAAGAUAUGGAGAUUCACGGCGGUCGCCUCUCCAAGACCCUGUCGCGCGGUUCCGUUGUCCACGCCGAUCAGCCUCAUGGUCAAUUGCUUUCCAACAUUGUCGAAAUUGUCGCCGUCAUCGCCGUCAUCGCACUCAACAUUCUCGCACUCGUCACCGGCACUGGUUCUUACGGCCGACGCGCCCGUCUCGCCGCCACUGCCAGCUUGAUCGUCUGGCUCUACACCCUUGCACUCGUCUCACUGCGUCUAUUUCUGAAAGACUCAAAAUGGAGACUUCCUCACCUCUGGAACCAUACUGCCACCAUUUACGGCAUUACUUGGGUCUGCUCUCUCGUCAUCUUCCGUUCCGCCAUCAUUAACCCUAGCUCGGAGCUCGCCGAGAUGAUCGCCGUUGCCGAGUUUGCUUGCAUUACCCUUCUCUGGGGAAUGGCCAUCACCACCCGCAAGGGCAACAAGACCGUCAUGAUGGAAUGGGAAAAUGGUCUCGAGCCCUCACGCGAGCCCCUCGCUAGCCUUUUUUCCAUUGUCACCUUUUCUUGGGUCGAUGAUAUUGUCUUAGCCGGCUGGAAGACCCCUCUAGAGAUGGACACCGUCUGGAACCUCUUGCCAAAGGACAAGGCCGCCAACGUCAUUGCUAGCUACCGCUCUUUCAAGCAGUCCGGCUCUCUCGUGGUCCAUCUGCUCAAGUACUUCCAGGGUCCUUUGAUUGGCCAAUGUCUGCUCGCCGCCCUGGCUGGUGUCUUUACCUUUGCGCCCACCAUGCUGCUCAAAUACAUUCUCGAAUAUGUCGAGGACCCCGACGCUGCUCCACGUAACGUCAUCUGGCUCUUUGUCAUUCUUCUCCCUGUCCUCGAUACCAUACGCUCCAUCAGCGACAAUAUUAGUCUGUGGACUGGCCGCAAAAUCUGCAUCCGCAUGCGCGCAAUCAUCAUUGGUGACGUUUAUGCCAAGGCCCUCCGCCGCAGGGCCGCUGCCGGCGCUGACAAGACUUUGGGAGUCUCGCAGGACCUUGGCGACCAAGCCGAUAGGGGCGCCGUUUCCACCAUAAAGCGCGCUCUUGGAUUCAAGGGCAAGAAGAAAGCUGAUACCAGCACACAUGACAAGAAGGCCGCCGCUCCCGACGAGCAAACAAACCUAGGCACCAUCAUUAACCUCAUGUCGGUCGAUAGUUACAAAAUCUCCGAAACUACUGCCUACCUGCACUUCCUCGUCGGUGCUGCGCCCGUUCAGCUCGCCGUCUCCGUCUUUCUCCUGUGGCAGGUCAUGGGUCUCAGCGCCAUCCCGGGCAUCAUUGUCAUGGUUUUUCUUGUGCCAGUCAACUAUCUCCUUGCCAAUGGAUUCAGUGUGACCUCCAAGAACAUCAUGGCAGCUACCGAUAAGCGAAUUCAUAUUACCAACGAAGUCCUCCAAAACAUCCGCAUCAUCAAGUACUUUGCGUGGGAGAAGCGUUUUGGCACCAUUAUCGACGAGAAGCGUGAAAACGAACUCAAGGCUAUGCGCUCCCGCUACAUCCUCUGGUCUGUCGCUGUCGCCAUCUGGAACUCAGUCCCUGUUCUCAUCACAUUCUUUUCCUUUGUUGUCUUUACUCUCGUUGAGAAGAAGCCUCUCUACCCCUCGGUCGCUUUUACUGCCAUUUCGCUAUUCAUGCUACUACGUAUUCCUCUGGAUAUGCUCGGUGACAUGUUUGCUCACGUUCAGGAGGCCAAGGUUUCGGUUGAGCGCGUCGAGGAAUUCUUGCAAGAGGACGAGACUGAAAAGUACGAACAGCUCGGUACUGAUAACAUCGACGAAGAUGGCGUCAAGCGUAUCGGCUUCCGCGACACCACUCUCUCUUGGGGUAGUAAAAACAACAAGAUGGAGGAUGGCCCCAGCGCGUUUCGUCUGUGGGAUCUCAAUAUCGACUUUCUCAUUGGAAAGCUCAACAUCGUUGCCGGUCCGACCGGCUCUGGCAAGACUUCCCUGCUGAUGGGUCUUUUGGGUGAAAUGACUUUGUAUUCGGGCAGAGUAUUUUGCCCUGGCGGUCGAAGCCGUGAUGAUGUCCGAGUCGAUCCCGAAACUGGCCUCGCCGACACCAUCGCUUACGUCGCCCAAGCUGCUUGGCUGCUCAACGGCAGCAUCAAGACGAAUAUCCUCUUCGGUGCCCCUUGGAACGAGAAGCGAUACAACGACGUCAUCGUUGCAUGCGCCCUCGAACGCGAUCUCGACAUUCUUGACCAUGGCGAUGAGACUCUCGUUGGUGAGAAAGGAAUCACUCUCUCUGGUGGUCAAAAGCAGCGCAUCUCCCUCGCCCGCGCCGUAUACUCUGAUUCCGCUCAUAUUCUUAUGGAUGACUGUCUCUCCGCCGUUGACUCCCACACAGCUCACUGGAUCUUUCACCGCUGCCUCAAGGGCCCUCUCAUGGAACACCGUACAUGCAUUCUCGUCACCCACAACGUCCAGCUCUGCGCCCCUCAAUCUGACUUCAUUGUGGUACUUGACAAUGGCCGCGUCAGUGCCCAGGGCGCCUCUGCCGAAUUGAUUGCUGCUGGCCAGCUGGGUGAGGACUUGCAAAAGUCUAGGCCUGGAUCUGCCCUGACAUCUCGUGCACCUUCCCGCGCAUCCAGUUUCGGUGAGACCACGAUCGUGGGAGGCUCCAACGAUGGGGCAUACAAACCCAAGAUGAAGAAGAAAGUGGCCCCUCAGGUGGAUCCCAUGGACGAAGGCAAAGCUACCGGUGCCAUUAAAUGGCCCGUAGUGAAGCUCUAUCUCUUUUCCAUGGGUUCCUACUGGUUCUGGAUCAUUGCUCUCAUCGUCUUUCAGCUGCAGCAACUCGCGCCCGUCGCCACCAAUGUCUGGGUCCGAGCCUGGGCCAAUCAGUAUGUUCAGGAAGACGUUCGUGGCGUCGCUUUCAGCUCUGCGAGUGCCUCGUACAACAACCAGUUCCACCCCAAGGCUGCAUGGGCCACCAUCGCCAAAUUGAGCAAGUUGCAAGUCGACCAGUCGCCUGCCUACACAGACGCCUAUACAGCCAUUCAUCAGGUGCCAAUCGGGACUGCCAAAUCUGCGGCCGAUGUAGAUGCAGUCUACUACGUCUUUGGCCUUGCCUUCAUUGGUGCUCUUGGUGCUUUUACCGCCUUUGUACGCGAUAUCUGGAUUUUCUUUGGCUCUCUGACUGCGUCCCGUCGCCUGCACAGCGCUCUACUAAACUCUGUUUUGCGAGCUCGCUUCAAAUUCUUUGAUGUCACUCCUCUUGGACAAAUCGUCAAUCGAUUCAGCAAGGAUCUCGAGGCUGUUGAUCAGGAUAUAGCUCCGACCGCCAUUGGUGUGCUCGCUUGUGCCCUGUCUCUGAUUGUGACGAUUGUCCUCAUUGCUGUGAUCACGCCCGCUUUCUUGAUUGCCGCUGUGUUCAUUGGCAUUCUGUUUUACUGUGUCUCCGUCUUCUAUCUUCGCGCCUCUCGUGACCUCAAGCGCCUCGAGUCCGUGCAGCGCAGUCCCCUCUUCCAGCAGUUUGGCGAGACGCUCAGUGGUAUGACGACAAUCCGGGCUUAUGGUGUUGAGCGCCGCUUCAUUCAAGAAAACCUCGACAAAGUCAACACCUCGAACCGGCCUUUCAUCUAUCUCUGGGCUCUCAACAGAUGGCUGGCCUUCCGAGCCGAUUUCAUCGGAAACAGCGUCUCCUUUUUUGCCGGCGUUUUCAUAAUUCUCAGUAUUGGCAAAAUUGACGCCGGUGCGGCAGGUAUCUCGCUCAGCUACGCCAUGAGCUUCACCGACAACGUUCUAUGGUUGGUUCGACAGUAUGGCACCAAUGAGCAGAAUAUGAACUCGAUGGAGCGAAUUAAAGAGUAUCUCGAUGUUGAGCAGGAGGCCGAUGCCAUUGUGGAGGACCACCGCCCUGCCGAGUCGUGGCCGGAGAAGGGCACUGUAGAAUUUGUCAACUACAGCACCCGUUACCGAGCUGACUUGGAGCCAGUGCUCCGCAGCAUUUCCCUCAAGAUCAACGCCAAGGAAAAGGUGGGCAUAGUCGGCCGCACCGGUGCCGGCAAGAGUUCCCUUACUCUGGCUCUUUUCCGUGCUCUUGAGGCAGACAAGGGCGAGAUCCUCGUCGACGGAGUCAACAUUGGAGCCAUCGGUCUCCAGGAUUUACGCGAAAAGAUAACCAUUGUGCCUCAAGAUCCCACUCUCUUCACCGGCACGCUGCGGUCCAAUCUCGAUCCUUUCGAUCUAUAUACCGACGGGCAAAUUUUCGAGGCUCUUCGCCGAGUGCACUUGAUCGGGGAGGAGGAUACCAGUACGCCUGCGACGCCAGUGUCUACCCUCACGAGCAACAAGAAUAUCUUCAGGGACCUUUCCUCCCCCGUCGCUGAUUCUGGAUCUAAUCUGUCCCAAGGUCAGCGCCAGCUUCUGUGUCUCGCCCGCGCGAUGCUCAAGAAGCCCAAGGUGCUUGUUAUGGAUGAGGCCACGGCGUCGAUCGACUAUAACACCGACUCGAAGAUCCAAGAGACCAUCCGCGAGAUGCGCGGCACCGUCAUUACCAUUGCGCAUCGCCUGCAGACAAUUGUCGACUACGAUAAGGUGCUAGUCCUUGAUAAGGGUGAGACGGUUGAGUAUGCGCACCCUUGGGAGCUGAUCAGCGAUGAAACAACGCAGUUCUACAGCAUGUGCGAGUCGAGCGGUGACUUGGAGAUUUUAAAGAAGGCGGCCAAGAAGAAGUGGGAUGAGGGCCGCCUUGUGAGCGUCGAAUUUAGAGCGUUUACGUGUCAGGCCAGCCCUCGACAGUCGACACUGACUGACGCCUCAAACACAACUUGCAUCCACAACGCAAUCGAGAAGGCGCCUCGCCUGGCGGCUUGGAUUCAGGCUGCCGCCUCGCCACCAGAGCCUGAGGCAGUGCAAUCCUUCCGACUGCGUGAUUUUGCUGACGUGUCGACUGUUUCUCUUCAUCAACUGCUCGUCAGCAGCAAGGGCGUCACUUUAUUCAUUUUUUUCAUCCCAAAAACUUCAAUCAUGGGCAAAGCAUCGGACCUCGUCCCUCGGUCCAAGGACGAUAACAGUCAGCCGACAACGCCGCUCGUCGAAGGUGCCAGCUCCAUAUCCUUGCACCACACCAACCCAAACUCGCCACAGCGCCAGCAGUACAUUGAUGACAACGACUUUGACCGCGCGCCUCCGCACGCCGAUGAUGACCUGCCGCCGCUGUACAGCGACCACGAUGUCAACGCCUUUGUCCCCACCGAUCCGCUGAUACCACAGGGCACGCCCGGUCUCGACAUUGCGCCGUUCCGCAGCUCCGAUACCAGCGGGAAGACGUAUUUUAUUGACCGCCGACUCGACACGGAUCCAGCCUUCUUGCAACGGCAGCUCGAGGUCCUCGCCGAGAGCCCGCCGCGGCCUCUUUGCCACGUGCGGGGAACGCACACCGAAACGCGCCGACGCGACGACAAGGAGGAGCAAGAGACAGUCGUUGAUUUUGACGUCGAAGUUGAGCUCACGAGUCUACUCUACACUGAUGCCCGCACGGGGGCCUCGUGGCGACAGUUGACGACGGUCGGCAACUUUGAAAAGGUGCGCCGCGGAACCGUCUUGGCCAAGCGUGCGCCGGGGUUCGGCGGCAGCAGCGGUGGUGGUGGUGGUGGUGGCCACACCGUGGAAAGCGGCACACCUACCGUCGAAUAUUGGUGCCAUAGCUAUUGCGCAAGCUCAGCAGGGCUAAAGAGCUUUUCUCUCGAGCGUCGCGUCACGGGCUGGGACUUUGAGCGUCUCGAGUCGAAGCUGUGCAGGCUGAUUCGCGACACCAACUACCAGGGCAACCUGCAGGUUUCCUUUCCCGUGCACAACAACCGCGUCGAGAUUUACAACGAUUGUCGGACGAGCCGCUGGCGACUGACCAAAUGGGUCCAGAUUUUGUGCUACGUGACGCUCACCUUUCUCUUUACGUGGCCGUGGCUCUUCUUCCGCACCAAGCGCUGGGAGACAGUCUACGUGGCGUGGCCGCUGCGCGACCCUCGGACGGGCCAGUACGCGAGCCUCAGCGAGGACCAAUGGUAUAAUAUGUGGGCGCGCACCAUCCAGACGGCGUGUCUGGCACGGCGGCAGGGCAUACUCGAUCAGGGCGACAUUCGUCGCCUGGAGAACCCUGGAGAGAUGGCGGCGGCGGCCGGUGGAGGGUUUGCCGGCGCGGUGCAGAUGGGCGUAGACGCCAUGGGCGUGGUGAACCGCAGCUUUGGCUGGGGUGGCAAUGACAAUAGACGCGGAGGCUUCAACAGACGCGGCGGGCUCCCGAAUUUGGGGAGGAACAGAUGCUAA